AUGGAUUUUCAACCGCCUCGCUUCUACGACUUCAAGCGCGAGGGCACGACCCAUGGCGAGGUUGUGAACCCCCACCUUCUCCCUCGGAACGAGGCCGCCACAACCGGCUUUUACAUGUCCCGAAAGUUAGAGAGAUGCUCCAAAGUUCUCAACGAUCCCGUCGUGACGACGAGUUCCAGGCUGGCUCCUCGCGCCUCGAAAGGCCGUAGCUCGCAACCGAGAACCGAGCUCGGCCCCGCGACUCCGUAA